AGAUCGGGUAUUGUGCUUUCAACUGACGAGUGGAAUUGUGCUAAUUAGUUCUUGUGUCGUGACUCAAUAAAGAAAAAUAAAAAGUUUGAAAAUUAAUCGUGGGUAGUGUGAAUUUUUUUAGAAGUAUGGAAAUUAGCAAAAGCUUCUUGUAAGUGUUGACAUUCAGAAUAUAUAUUUUUGUUGUGGUCAUAUCGUGAUGAUGAUAAUGAUGAUCAGAGAUUUUGAUUAUUAUUGGUGAUGGAGGUGUGGCAUGACAAUUCCCUGCGAGGGGGGACCCGGCCCCUUCCCCAGCCCCCUUCCAUUUCCCUGGCCUUCUCUUCAUCUCCCUCUCCUUCGUCCUCUUCUUCCUCCUCGUCCCCUUCGCCACGUGGACCAGUAUUCGGGGCGAGACAUCAGCAGGAGGUCAAUGCUGGAGAGACUGGCAGGGAAGGAUCAGGUGGAGAAGGAGUGCUAGGAAGCGGAGGCGGAGGAGGAGUUGGAGGAGGUGGAGGUGGAGGAGGAGGAUUGAAUCCCGCAGAUGAACCUCAAGGGACCCAGCCCAGGUUGUACUAUACUGGGGGGAUUACGUAUCCUUCUGUGAAUUCCUGUGGGGGCGACCCUCGGGUUCAUUGCAGUGUAGAGUUUGAUGGCAAAGAAAGGCUUUACUCUGAAAACGUGCAAGUGAGGACGGCACUCGACUCUUACUUGGAGUCUGCGCCUCACCUGAACGGUGAAAUGAAUAGUGAUUUCGGAAGAACAAAGGAAAACGGGAAAAUCGCCUUUAGCAUGAAUAGCCUUGUGAAUGCCCUGCGGGAGCAGGGCGCUGCCCCUGAUGUCAGCGACGACUGGAAGAGUGGCUCCUCAGGAGGCCGCUUGGAGAGGAGUAUGGACCACCCGAGCACCACCACCACCACUGCUACCACGCUUUCUUCACCCUCAAUUGUGGUGAGAACCUUGAAUGGCCUUCACUCCGACCCGCACCCCCUCUACCCCCCCAACCCGCAGCAAAGUUACCGAGCUGUCGAAGAGAACCUGAGGCGUCACAAGACACAGAACGGGAAAAUAUCGUCGGCCUUGAAUGGUGCUGCCGAAAAUGGCAUCAGCGUAUCCAAGUACAACAACAUCAGGUUGCAAAAUGCCGCCCAGACCUUAGCUGGCGUCGGAUAUUGUAGAGAGGGAUUUGCGCCUCUUCCUCUUGAUUUGGGUCUAGGCGCCAGUACCCUCAGGCACACUCCGGGUGCUGGUCGUACUCGCCCAUCUGGUAACCACAUCACCAUCAGGCCAAAGCCCUUGCUGCAUGUGAGUGAGAACGGCACUGAAAAUGCCUCCGACGACGGGUUGAUUGAUGGUGGCGGGGGUCCACCUGGCCGCGUCAAGAACCUGUGCGGUUCUUUCAACCUGGCGGGAGACACAAUGGAAGGCAUCAUACAGUGCCUGGUUUUUCUCAAGGCUUUUAGUCUUGUGGGAGGAGAGUUCGAUAUGGAACUCAACUUCGUGAUCCAAGACGCACACAAUCUGCGACACAUGCUUGAACUUCUGGAUCACUGCCCGCCGCCUUUGCAGGCAGAGAUUUGGUCCGUAUUUAUCGCCAUCCUCCGGAAGAGUGUGCGAAAUCUUCAGGCGUGCACCGAAGUAGGACUCAUCACUCACGUCCUACAGCGACUCCCACAAGCUGAUAAUGUCGUGGCCGACUUGCUGAUCGAAGUCCUGGGCGUAUUAGCCAGUUACUCGAUCACCGUCAAGGAACUAAAGAGUUUGUUCGGCUCCAUGAAAGCCGAGCGAGGACGAUGGCCACGCCAUUCCGCCAAGCUCUUGGGCGUACUGAGGCAAAUGCCCAACCGUUGUGGCCCAGAUGUUUUCUUCUCAUUCCCUGGCAAAAAGGGAUCCGCGCUGGUUUUGCCACCUCUGGCCCGAUGGCCUUACGAGGCAGGCUGGACCUUCACCACAUGGUUCCGUCUCGACCCCAUCAACUCAGUCAACAUCGAGAGAGAGAAACCCUAUCUUUACUGGUAAGUCUUUUUCCUUCAUUUUCAC